AUGGCCGAUCUUCGCGCCCUUGCUAAGAGUGAGCGACGUGUGCUGAAUACGCUGGAAGGACUGGAGAAUUUCGCGCGGAGAUACGAUCCCAGCCAGGACGAACCACAAAUUGCAGUGCGCCUGGAAUCCCUGGAGGCAAUCUGCAAGGAGUUUUACGCGAUUCGGCAACGAAUUGAGCUGCUAACGGACGAAACCGCUGACGAUGAGGACGACAAGGAUGUCCAAGUGCGCGAAAAGGCCAACCUGGCGGCGCUUACCGAGUUCGAGGAGCGGUAUUUUCGCUUAAAGGCCAGUCUCAUAUCGAAGCGAGCUCCCCCAUCACCAAUCGCGACGACGUCCGGAAUCGGUCAACCUGGUGACCGAUCAGAUUCCUCUUUUUCAAAGGUGAAGCUACCAGAGAUUCGCCUUCCGUCGUUUGGUGGGAGGAUUAAGGAGUGGGUCCCGUUUCGAGACAGCUUUUGCAGCCUGAUCCAUGAGAACAAGCAGCUCAACGACAUGGACAGGUUCAGCUACUUGAAGUCAGCUCUUUCCGGAGAAGCGUUGCAGGAGAUCGAGUCUGUGGAGCUUUCAGCUGCAAACUACAGCGUGGCUUGGAAGGAGCUGGAAUCUCGCUACGAGAAUAAGAAGCUCAUAGUGAAGGCCCACCUCGAUGCUCUGUUUGCCGUGGAAGGCAUGAAGCGCGAGAGUUACGACGGCUUGAGCAGCCUUAUCAGCGGGUUCGAGAAAAACCUCCAGAUGCUGCAGAAGAUUGGAGAAGACACCGCUGCGUGGAGCACAAUUCUGGCCUACAUGGUGUAUUCCCGGCUGGAUCCUGCCACGCUACGGCAGUGGGAAACGCACCACAACUCCAAGGAAGUGCCAGCGUACCAGAACAUGAUCGCUUUUCUUCGCAGCCAUUGUGCAGUACUGCAAUCCGUCGCUCCCGUGAGUUCGAAGCCGAGCGGUUCCGACUAUCGCUCAUCGAAGCCAUCCGUGUGCCAUACCACCGUCAAACCGUCGAGGAAGUGCCCAUUCUGUGGUGAUUCGUGGCAUCCCGCUUUCGUCUGUGGAAAGUUCCAGCGGUUACAAGUUGCGGAGCGGCUAGAAGUUGUUUCCAAAGCAAAGCUGUGCCGGAACUGUCUCAGCCUUGGCCAUUGGGCCCGAUACUGCGACAAGGGAACCUGUCGUCACUGCCAGCAGAAGCAUCACACUCUUCUGCAUGGAGCACAAAUCCGAUCCUCCGUUCCACAAUCGCAGUCAAAUCCUCCGACACAAACCAGACAACAGCCACAAUCCUCGCCACUAAGACCGAACCCGAGACCACAGACAUCAAACGCUAGCAACACUACACCCAGCAACUCUCAACGACCUAGCACUCAGUCACCAGCCACCAACACUGCCACAUCCACCACUCAAACACACAUUGCACUCCCAGCUACUCCCACACACAACAUUCUGCUCUCCACCGCCCUUGUCAGGGUCCAGGAUCGUCACGGCAAUACCAUGCUAGCACGAGCCCUGCUGGAUUCGUGUUCUCAGCAUUGCCUGAUGACGAAAGAGUUCUCCAGCAGAAUGAAUUUCUACGCGUCGCCAUCACUUCUCUCCGUUCAAGGAAUCGGUUCGUCGAUCAGCACGUCGACGAAAAUCGUCAGCGCUGUAGUUCGGCCAAGGUUGGAGGGCAUGUCGGCAUUCUCGCAAGAGAUGCAUUUCAAUGUUCUCCCGCAGCUGACUGUUUCGCUACCGACAGCCAGUUGUAGCAUCACCGGAUGGAACCUUCCCGAAGCAGCCUUCCUCGCCGAUCCGCGUUUCCACGAGCCAGGACCGGUAGACAUCAUAAUCGGAGCAGAGUAUUACAUGGACCUGCUUCGGAACGAGCGACAAAAAGCGACUGAAGAUGGACCUACACUACAGAACACAGAGUUUGGCUGGAUCGUCUCCGGCAAGAUACCCGAUCGCCCUGUCGGUGGAUCGCCAUCCUUGACUUUCGUCUGCUCCACGAACGAUCUUCAAGAACACCUCACGAAGUUCUGGGACCGAGAAACCUGUCGAAGUCACAUUACGCAGUCACUGGAAGAGUCAGCUUGCGAGGCGUAUUUCAACCGGACAAUCUCCGAAACGGGGGAGGUCGUGAGCAGCCUUAGCAAACGUGCAAGGUGCUUCUUCUGGACGGACUCAACCAUCGUCAAGUGUUGGCUAUCGUCGUCGCCGUCAAGAUGGAAGCAGUUCAUCGCAAGGGUUUCGGAGAUUCAGCAGAUCACGAAGGACGGCGUCUGGAAUCACGUUGCUGGACUGCAGAAUCCGGCGGAUAUUAUUUCCCGCGGAAUGGCUCCCGCACAGUUGCAGUACGAAUCGCUCUGGUUCAGUGGGCCGUAUUGGCUGAGGUUGGACGAGCGCAACUGGCCAUCAGCCCCACCGAUCAGCGAAGACGAUUUCGAUCCGGUGGAUCUCGAAGUCAAGAGCGUCUCUGCAGCACUUCGGGUAAUCCAACCAAGCGACAUUUUCAGCCUCCGCUCAUCGUUCAGCGACCUCCAGCGCAUCACUGCCUGGAUGUUACGAUUCCGCUACAAUACGCAAUCGGCCAACCGAAGUACGCGACGACAAGGACCCCUCACGAAACUUGAGCUCGAGGAAGCGACAAAGGCGUUGGUUCGCCUCUGCCAACAAGAAAGCUUUCCGCAGGAGUUGGCAGACCUGACGAGCGGUAGAGAAGUUAGAGAAUCGUCGAAGAUCCUAGCUCUAAACCCGCAACUCGAGGACGGAAUACUGUGCGUCGGCGGCCGGCUGCGUCACGCGUCAAUCACAAACCGGCGCAAGCAUCCAUACAUCCUCGAUCAUCGACAUCCGUUCGCGUACAUCGUCGUCGCCCACUACCAUCUGAAGCUGCUGCAUGGCGGACAACAGCUGAUCAUUUCGACCGUCCGAGAGCGUUUCUGGCCGACAAGCGUCCGGAAUCUCGUGCGAAAGGUGCUUCACGAGUGCGUGCCCUGCUUUAGGGUCAGGCCAAAGAUCCAGGAUCAGCUCAUGGCAGAUCUCCCACCGGAGAGAGUUACUCCUUGUCCACCGUUUCAGCGCGUAGGAGUCGAUUACUGCGGCCCGUUUCAAGUCGCUUACCCGCACCGACGUUCUCGGCCAGUGAAGAUCUUCGUCGCCGUCUACAUCUGCCUCGUUACCAAGGCUGUACACUUGGAGCUAGCGGCAGACUUGUCCGCUCAAGGUUUCAUCGCGACCUUGAAGCGCUUUAUCUCCCGGCGUGGCAAGCCGGAGUUAAUCAUGUGCGACAAUGGCAGAAACUUCGUUGGAGCGAGACGUCAACUAGACGAACUUCGUCGGCUGUUCAUCAACCAGCAAUUCCAGUCGGACGUAGUCAGACAAGCCAACGAGGAGCAGAUAGAAUUCCGCUUCAUCCCGGCUCGGUCGCCGAACUUCGGCGGACUGUGGGAGUCAGCAGUCAAAUCGUUCAAGCUGCUGUUCAAACAGACGACCAGCUCCGAUCGGCGAAGUAAGCAUCCAGCACCCCUACUUACCUGA